AUGAGCUCAUCCUCUUCCUCCUCCAUCUCACAUUUAGGGAGACAAACAACUGGAAUACCCACUCGUUGUUUGUGUGGAGCUAAUCUAACUACAUUUGGUGCUCAAACCAAGGAUAAUCUCUUCCGCAGGUUCUACAGAUGCGAGAUUUGGCUCAAGAGGAAAAGUGAGCACCACUUGUUCAAGUGGGUCGAUGAGGCAAUUGUAGACGAAAUCAAUAUUGUUGAUGCAAAACAAUCCCAACUAAAAGAAGAUCUCGACUCUUUCAAGCUGUGCACGGCAAGACGUUUGGAAAAACAGGCCAAACAAAUCGAUCAAACCAUCCAACAGAUCCAAAUGCUCAUGGAUACCAACACUAACAACUGUGCCACUGGUGACAACUCAGCUACGAGCUCUGAAGAUCCUAAAGCCUCCCCCAAGGAUCUCUCUUCUGCCAAUUCAUUGUCCAACAUCGCAGUUGCAGCCAUUGCACUUGGGGCUAUGGUCUGGAUCUACGCUAGGAUCAGCAACUAG